CUUUAUCAAUUUGACGUCACAUCAGGAGCUGUGUGUGGGCGACGAUACGAAAUAUAUUCAGAUAAACACUAUGACGAGGGGAGUGCAUAAAUGUUAACAGCAUUAUGAGCAGUCAGCUUGUAAAAUGAACGAAUCUUCAACGAUAACGAACCUCACGAAAACUCAACAAAGAUCUUUAAGUAAUUUGAAGGCGAAAUUGAACGAAAACGACAGAAAUGAUGAGUCUACAUUGUUGAGAUUUCUCCGGGCAAGAGAAUUCGACGUUGAUGGCGCAUAUAGGCAAUUUGUAUCGACUAAAGAAUGGCGGCGAAAAAACGAUAUCGAUAAUAUACUGAAAACACCUAGACCUCUGUCGGAUGAAUUGAAAAAUAUCUUGUCCUACGGUUUUCAUAAGUUUGACAAAGAGGGUCGACCUUGUUAUAUCGAAAAAACAGGAAGAAUGGAUAUAAACGCGGUUUUACGACUUCCAGAGGAUCAACUGGUAAAAUGGCAUGUUUGGAACACGGAAAAACAGAUUGAACAAAUGCGAGAGAAAUCAAUAGAACUGAAUAGAGAAAUAACUACUUUAGACCACAUUCAUGAUCUCGGAGGAGCGACAAUGUACCUUAGAAAAGCGUUACGCUUAUUUACUCGUCUGGCAAAACUUGAUCAGGAGUAUUAUCCCGAGAGAGUUGGAAAGAUAUUUAUCGUAAACACGCCAUGGGUGUUUCCAUAUUUUUGGAAAAUGGCAAAGUCUUUUCUUGAUCCAAAGACUCGAGACAAAUGUGUAGUUUUGAAUUCGUCAGAAAUGAGUACAAUGCUGGAUUAUUUUGAACCUGAAGAUUUACCAGAGGAGUACGGGGGGACAUGUAGGUGUGAUGGAGGAUGUUUACCUCCCGUACCUAAGCAUAUGCUAUCGGUUGAUGAUGAUCCUGAGUUAACAGAGGAGUACAUUGCUGCAAAAAAGUGCUUUACUUUAAAGAUUGACUGUAAUGGGAACAAUGAGUCUGUAUUUUGGUUCUACAGAAUAUCCAGCAAGGAUAUAAAGUUUGGCGUGUCAUUCGCAAAACGCGAGAUAAACAACACGAUAGAAAAAUGGAUUAUUGAGCCUGAUUAUCCUUUACAUUGUAGUCGACCGAAUGUUGGGUUUUACAAUUGUGCCGAAGCUGGUACUUACACGUUUGUAUGGGAUAAUUCGGCCUCAAGAUUUUUAUCAAGAACUCUUAAGUAUCACGUCAUUGUCUCGAACACUUGACAUCGUCACUACUGACUUGAAAAUGUUAGAAAAACGUUGACAAGAUAUUGCCAGGAGUGAUCACGUGUUAUUACCUAGAAUGAUCAUGUGAUACAACCUGGAAAAUGUACAAUUAAGUCCUUGAACUGUUCAGAUUGUAUUCAUGCUUAUAUCAUGCAGUCACUAAAUAAGCUCGUUUAAAUGCAUACGUAUCAUACGUGACCCUCACGGCUCACCACAUUAUUGUAUGAUAGACUUCUUUCAAAGUUUCGAUUUUUCAUUGAAUUGAAUGGACAUAAUUAAAUUUUCAACUUAAUUCUUA